CUCGGCUCCUACAUAACAUUAGAGAAUCGAAGAAGACGAAACAGAUCGUUGCUCAUUUUGAUCAAUUCUUCUUCUUCUUCUUACCAAAAAAAAAAAAAAUCCCAAAUCAAUUUAAACCCCUAAAUUCUCCUUUACUGUUUAGUAAUUAUAAAAUACAAAUGGAUGCAGCAUCUCCUUCACCGGCUCUUCCCGAGGAAAGCUUGAAGCUUGAACUUGAUGAUCUGCAGAAACAGCUUAGCAAAAAGCUCAGAUUCGAAGCUUCCGUUCGUUCUAUUCAUAAUCUCCUCCGUGAUCGCUAUUCUUCUUCCUCUCCUUCUCUCCGCAAACAGUUUUUUAUAGUUGUAUCUCGUGUCGCAACGGUUCUUAAGACAAGAUAUACAGCUACUGGCUUUUGGGUUGCGGGACUGAGCCUUUUUGAGGAGGCUGAGCGACUUGUGUCUGAUGCUUCUGAGAAGAAACACUUGAAAUCUUGCAUUGCUCAAGCCAAGGACCAGUUAACCCAAGUAGAUAGUCAGCCAACAGAGACCUCACAAGGUUAUCUUUUCGAGGGACAUCUAACGGUUGAUCGUGAGCCGCCACAGCCUCAGUGGCUAGUGCAGCAGAAUUUCAUGUCUACUUUCGCUUCUAUUGUUGCUGGUGAAUCCUCUAAUAAUGCUCCUACUGAAAACACUCUUGGGGACACGGCAAACUUGAUGCAAGAACUCAUCAAUGGGCUCGACAGUAUCAUCCCAGAGAUACUAGAAGAUGGUGGACCACCAAGAGCUCCACCGGCCAGUAAAGCGGUUGUAGAGAAACUUCCGGUGAUUGUUUUCAGCGAGGAACUGCUUAAAAAGUUAGGACCAGAGGCAGAAUGUUGUAUCUGCAAGGAGAAUCUAGUAAUCGGCGACAAAAUGCAAGAGCUACCAUGCAAGCACACAUUCCACCCUUCUUGCCUAAAGCCUUGGCUGGACGAGCAUAACUCUUGCCCUAUAUGCCGUCAUGAAUUACCAACAGAUGAUCAGAAAUACGAAAACUGGAAAGAGAGGGAGAAAGAGGCCGAGGAAGAGAGGAAAGGCGCAGAGAAUGCUGUCCGCGGCGGUGAAUAUAUGUACGUUUAGAUUGUAAAAGUUAUGUUACACUACCAUUGUUUGUGCUUUAAACAUCUCCAAUUUGUUAUUGGUCAUUCACAAUUUAUAAAUCCUACUUUAUUGAGACUC